GUCCUCAAGUGUAGAUGUUUCGAGUCCUGCAUGAUGGGGUCUUCAUAGCACUUCAGAUGACCUCUGAAGAAGCCUACGACCGUGCUGUUUUACGUUUCGAGUGAACAACGUAGUCCGACCACCAGACCAGGCCCAACUGAAAAUGGUUAAGUACGUACGUCAGAGACAAGGCAAAGUAUGCUGAUAAGAGAGGGGAUCACGAGAGUGAGAAAAGCGGGCGUAAAGAUAGCUUCCGCAUUCACGUGAAGCGGUUGAUGGACGGAUCCACCUGUGACAAGCUCUGCUAUCGUUGCAUCGUUGACAAACCGUGAUGUACAGAUGUACCCGGCCACCCACGAGGGCAGUUCCCGAGCACGCAGGAACUGCGUGAUCAGAGGACAACUGAUGGACUGUGACUUGGUAUCUGGAUUUUGACUUAGAGCAACUUUCACCGCUUCCACUGUGGUAGGACUUGGGAUCCAGCAUCGAAUUAGGAUGAACGCAGGAGUCUCGUUGAAAUUCAUGCUUCACCUUUAGCUCGCUAUGCUGGAAACCUAACACUUUCCAAGCCCAACAACUGAUUUCCUUAUGGUAUUCUUAGUUUGGCAUUCCUAGUUUUUUUGAACCCUGUGUGUCAACACCUGUUGAAGCUGUAAAGUAACAAAGAAGCAAGUUUCCUCGAUUACUUUCACGAAGAUCCAUGUGAUUAUUCACGUACUUUUUCUCGUACUGCAAAUGAGUUUCGCAGGACUCCAUGAGAUGGGUCCGGGACCAUAUACGCCUAACAUGAUACUGAAUUUUACAGUAGUCGCUUCUAAUCUCGGGAAACAGAUAGAUGUCCAAAACACUUAUAGUGGAGGAUGCAGAUGGAAAAUUAGUGAGAGAUGUCUUUAGUUUAGUUGCUUUAGUGUUCCAGAACUGCAGACGAUUACGGUACUGUAUUUUCCCGCGUGUAUUGAUGAGGAUCUGGAUGGAAAGUGCACGAAGCAAGCUUCAGUUGGUGGCGUGGAAGAUGAAGAUGAGGAUUGACUGAGGACCAUGUCAUGGUUUUGAGCGGCACAACAACCCGUGAUAUAAUCAGGUCACUUGUUAGUUUGGGUAUCCGAGCUCCUAGUCCCGCUACACCGUAAUUCUGUGAUGCCUUCAGAGGAUGCAGGUGCACGAAUCGGGAGCUGACGAAUUGCCAUCACAAGUUGAAGCCGACAGCGGCACUUACCAUGACGAACCUUCUGCACGCAGCCGUUCCCAACAUCGGUCUAACAAAGGGAGGAGUCCAAUCUUUCCGGGAGGACCCGGCUUAGCCAUGGCACCAACUGUCUCCGGAUGGGUCUUCUGCGCCAGCUGCAUGAAUGUCAACCUUCCUCUUUUGGGCAUCGAAGCUGUGCUACUUUGUCCCCAUCCGCCCCCGACUGCAGGAGGAGGAGGAGGCUCGGCAGGUUCGGCGAUGUAUGAAGUAGCAUCGACCGUCACGAGCAAGGACGGAGCGUUCCACCUAACAGCUAACGCUUCCUACGCCAGUAUCAUGAAUCAGUGCGCUGUCAUCAUAGCCAAGAGCUCCGUUUCCAACUGUGACUUGCCACCUCCCACAGGCACCAGCAUCCCUGUCUCCACUUCCUCGACCCCGUCAGAGGCGAUGUCAGCUCCCGAUGUCUUGCACUACUCCGUGGGCUCGUUCUCCUUCCGCCCUGCCUCGUGCUCAUUCGGUAAACCCCGAAGCCUUUUGCAACAUGGAGAGGAGCCAUUGGGCAUGGAGCAGGGUCCGGAGAAGAAUCAACAUCACAAGAGUACGAGAAACCCGAUCUCUGGGUCGGAUCCUCAUGGUGGGAACGAGGAGCCAGCUCUGUUGGCCCAUCCCAUCAAACACUCUUCCCGCUCCUACUCCUCCUCCUCCUCUCAAUACGGCAACGAUAUCAACAACCAUAACAACGAGAAGGACAAAAGAACUAUGCGAGCUGCAGCUGGUGCUGGCGCUUUGAAGCUGCCGUCGUUCCUCCUCAAGUCCACGGCCAUGCACUCUAGGACUUCCUUUCCAAAGUCCAUGAUGAUGGUCAAUCCCUCUUCCCGUCAUCCCACUGUCCAAACUAGCAGUCGUCGAGUCAACCGUGGAGGAGGAGGCCCUCCCACCGAGAUUUAUGCCAACAGCCGCCGCCACACUCGUGGAGGAACUCCCCGUGCCGAGUCCGUCGCUGGCACCCUCGUCCUCGAACCCAAACCCUGAUCAGCCGAUGGACCGAAGAAGAGAGAGCGGAGCUCUGGCUUGUCUGAUGGAGGAUGAAUUCUGGUCACAUUGUUUACUAGGUGAUGGGUAGUAUGCGCCGAGAAUUGGUUUGACCCGAGGACUUGUUCAGUCUGACAUAUUAUAAGGAAGUGGGCUGAUGGUCGAGAGCGGGCUGGUCCACAUUUACAUUACGUGUUUAGCAGUCUCUUAGAGAAGAUGAUGGAUGGAGAAGGAGAAGAUCGUCACGAGAACGUGCGGGUGGAAGAAGAAACAGCGAUCGUCUGCAAGCAGGGAUUUAUUCUUGGGUUUUAGAAAGCAAUCGAAGCCGGCAGGAGUUUGAUAUGCACGUGUCUAGUGCUUUCAUUUGCUUAUAGUUCGUAUACAAUCGUUCAUCAAUUGGACCGAUUUUCAUCGUAUUCACGGACUGACAAGACAAGAGUGUACCCCUCAACAGCACCGGAGCCGUGCUCGAACCUCGUUGAAGGCUCGAAGACUCGAGAUGCCCUCCCUUCACUGCAUCUCGUCGUCGUGAACUGCAAUUGUUUGUGUGUGCAGUAUAGACAAUUGGACCCAUCACACUUUGUACUUCACCCCAAAAAUAUAAUUUUUACCAGGAUGAAUAUUUGUCCCGGAUACACGACC